CAGACCACACACAUAACGUUCAGUGCCUCGGUCCCGAUUGAUAGUUCGCUUCCGUUUGCUUGGCUGGCAAUCCUAUCCGGGGACUUUAAACUAUUGCUUUGCCGUGUAACCUAAGCCAAGCCAUACUGCGUACUAUCCUUCCGUUCUCUCUUCAUUUGGAUUUUUGAUCACCUAUCCAAUCUUUCUCUUUGAUCUCCUUAUUCCUAAUUUCGUUUUGUGAUCUUCGAGAAAAUCCCCAGUCCUGAAGGGACAAAGAAAGAAAUCCCUCUUGUCACGCCGGCACCAAAGAACGGGUCCCACCGGUUGACUCCCGCAGGAACGUUGCCGCCCCUCUCACGCACACCACCGAAGGGAUAGCCGCUCCUUAACUCCCUAGUCAAGGAGCUUGGAUAUACCGGUCUUGGCUCCUCCUCAACCUGCAUAUUCGUGCGAUAAGAGCAUACGUUACACUCAUGCUAGUCGUCAUUAUUGCCUACAGCCCCGGUCGACUUUGAAUUUACGCUCCUCAUCAACGCAAACCUACAUUCUUAUCCUUCAUACCAGCGAUCGUUUCACUCGUCUUUCUCAUCGAUUCGUUGCACAUUAUGGCGAACUCACAAGAGCCCCUGGAUGCCCCGGAUGGCUCCGCCUUGACCUGGAUCUUUGAUCACUGUCUCCGUUACCCGGGUUCUUAUGAACUGCCGUUACGCACUAUGUAUGCAUUGAACUGCAACCCAACAAGACAGCCGGCGCCCGCCAAUCGUCCUCCCGAGACAGCGUUCUGCGAGCGUCCGUCCCACUCACCCCAGUCUUCGGUGUCCUCCCAAGAUGCUCCCUUGGAUCGUGCUGCCGAUUUUAGAGCUCUACUGACCCGUCAAAUCUCUCGGCUACCGUCACAGCCAUGCUCCCUUCCCCCUAGCUUUGUCACCUCGUUCCUGCGUCGCUGCUUCACUCCGGAGCUGGGUGAUGUUGACUUUCCUCAGGCCUUGACCGGUCUUGACUAUCUUAAAGACCUCGAUGUCCGUCGGAAGAAGGAGGUCAAAGCUGCGCUGGACCGUUUACAGGUCAAGCCAGAUGAUCUCAAAGAAAAGGAGGAGCUUGGGAGGAAAUGGCCUAAUGUCUUGACCUGGAUCGAGUCCAACUGUGCCAAGAACCGCAAGGCUGAGGCGCUCUACACACAAGUCUACAUUGGCCUACGCCGCUGGACUCUGAUCAAUGAAAUGCUACUUGAACCACAUAACAAGGCCAACUGCAUUGCCAUGCUAAACACCUUGUUCCCUCCGGUUACAGACGCAACCGUCAAUCCCACGCCGCAAUUGACUCCCCAGAUCCUCAAGUCUCAACGGGAUGGGUUCUUCCGGUAUAUCGCGGCGUUUGAAACCAAUGGAAGAGAUAUCCUCGACAAGGUUAUCGCGCAAGGUGCCCCGGAAGGGGAGGAGACUGGAUGGCCACUGGUGCGAGACGUCUUGGACAAAUACCUUCGAAUCACCAACGAAAUCAUCGAUGACUGUGCCAUGGUCAAUGAUCAGAGCAGUCUUGAGGUCAAGGUGGAGGAGGAACCUCAGUCCCGUCGGAAGGUCGAUUCCGGUAUUAGCUUUGGCUCGGCAGACAAGUUUCAUACUCCUUCCGUCCAUAGCGGUAACAGCUCGGAAGAUAUUAUAGACAAGCCAUUGCCACCGGCCCCAAAGGACAGUCAUCCGAAAUCGGGUGGUUCCACGCUGGAGCGGUUGGCACGUGAACUUCGCAAGCUAAGCGACGCGGGCAAAGUCAAGAGCCUCAAGAAGAUGAGAUCCUCUAGUGCCCUUACUGCGCGGUCCGAAAAUAUUCCCAGCCACACACCGGAUAGCUCAUUCUUCGAAAUUGAUGAGAUGAAACGAAAGCGUCUCAUCUGGGAGGCUACUAGCCGUAAAAGGUCCCAUAGCAAACUGCUUAGCAAUGGCUCACAUUGACUGUGAUUCGAUUGAUUGUACACUUACGACCGCAUUCUUUUGUUUCGCUCCCCCCCCCAAAAAAAAGAAGAGCAGGAAAGACAAAAGCUGAUGUUCUACAUUUGGAGUGUAAUGGAGUUGGACUUUUUAUUUAGUCAUUUUGAAAUUUUGUUACUUUU